CAUAUAAAUCUUAGAACUUUUUGUUUUGUCUUGUUCUGUGCCUGAGUUGAGUCCAACAACCCAGAGUUGAAAAAGAAGAAUCGCGUGGGGGCUGUUGGCUGUACAAAGUUGGAGAAGACCAAACCAAAACAGUCUCAAAGGAGAGACAAAAGAAAGACACAGAAAAUAAGAGAAAGAAAGAAAGCACAGAAAAGAAUACUAGCUUUCAUCCAAACAAAACAAAACAAAUGAAAGAAGAAAGGAAGUAAAAGACUUUCCCUUUUCCUUUCUCCCUUUCCCCUUUUUCCUUUUAAAACAUUGGUUUUUUUUUAUCAAAUAACAGCCAAAACCAGAUACCCAAAUUCUCUUUUCUCUUAACUAGAUCCACCUCUUUGUGUUUUGGUUCACCAAACCUCGUGGGGUCCAUGAAAAAUUUUCUGGGUCGUCCUUCUUUUCCACUAUAAUGGCUUAUCUGAGAUGAUCAAUUUGUUUUCUUCUGGUGGCCAAGCUGUUCUGCAACUGUGUAAUAAUAGGUAGGGUCUUUUCAUUGGCAGGCUUUGGCUGUGACUUUGACUGUUACUGAGCUAAGAUGCAAUCGGGUGGGUCCGAAACCGCCAGUCCGACUACCCAACGGCUUCAAUCCUUGUCAUCUGCUGAUACUAGAGGAAGGCAUAGGAUACAGGCUGAGCUUAAGAGGCUCGAGCAAGAAACAAGAUUCUUAGAGGAAGAGCUUGAACAGCUUGAAAGAAUGGAAAGAGCCUCAGCCUCAUGCAAUGAAAUGCUGAGUAAUAUAGAAACAAGGCCUGAUCCAUUACUCCCAGUAACACACGGCCCUCUUAAUCCGUUAUGGGAUCGAUGGUUUGAAGGGCCCCAAGAUUCAAAAGGUUGCAGAUGCUGGAUCCUGUGACGGCUAUCGAUAACUUCAACACCUCCAUCAUCAUUUGUUAACAAUGGCUUUGAUUUACAAGCGUUUUACAGUUUUAGAUUUUUUUUUCAAUUCGUUGCCAAAAUUCUAUGAAAAAUACGUCAGUGUGCAGAUGUUAGUUUAUAGCGAUACUUUAUCAUUUGGUGAGCAUUUAAUGAAAUGGACACCAACUUGCAGAGUGUAACAAUUUUUCAAUUGAAGCGUUUCUUUUUGUAA